AUUAAAAUGAAAUGUCAAACAAUCGAAAAAAUAAAUGUCAGAAAAUAAUAUCACAAACUAAAGUUCAAAUUCUAAAACAUAAAAAAAUGUAAAGGCAGUAUCCACGUAAAAUACGUAUCACAAACAUAUUUUUCAUAAAAAAAGAAAUGAAGAAAAAAUAGGGAAAAAUGGCUUAAUUUUAUUUAAUAAUCUACUAUUUCAAAAACAAUAUAAUAUAAUGAUACGCAACAUGGACCAGCUUCUGUCGAAAGAGGAGAGCUAUGCUGAGCGCAGGAAACUUUUUAAAAAUAUCUGGAAUACGUCGAUGCAAGUCGACGAAAAAGACGACAUUUUGAACAAACCAAAAAUUAUUAAAACUCUUCGCUUAGAUGAAAUGGAUCGAUGUACAGCAGGAAAGAAGAAAAAACAGAGGAUCAAAAACCUGAGAGCUGUUUGCAAUAAGCUGCUAGAUUUCUGCGACCGUCAGGAUGCAGAUGAUUUGUUUUAUGAACAGAUGGCAGCACAGGGAAAAACUCCACUUACACAUCAGAUGGAACCAAAAACUAAGAAGCAAAUUAAAUUUAGAAAGGGUAUAAAAAAAACGAAAAGCUUGCUCUCAACUACGAAUGUGACAACAAAGGCUAGAGUGACAACAUCUGAAAUGCAAGAUGGUUCAAAAACUGGUAUUAAAGCAUCUAAAAUCACAUCACCAACUAAAAUAAAAAGGGCGUCUAUCGGCUUAGUGAAAAAAAAAACUGUGAAUCCCAAACCAAGCCGUAGGAUAUCGUUGAAAAAUGGUACCUUGGAGGUCGCUAGUACAUCACAGAGAAAAUUUAUUAAAAAGAAACGUAGUAAGAACAAACCAGAAAGACUAAUUUCAGGUAUAUACGAUGAUUGCCCGCAAAAAGAAAUAUAAUAUACACAUGAAUGGUUUUCAGGUGUAAUAAUUUCAGGUCCAAGAAUACGAUACAGCAUCAAAUAUAACAUUUUAAAAGAACCAGUAAUACACAAAAAACCGCUUCACGUUAAUAAAAUUAUUAUUGAAUGAUUUUCUAAUAAAUUUACAA